AAAAUGUUCACGCAUUGUUGUCACUUGUCAGCGUCCUGAGUCUGGGCAGCAGAUUCGGUAUUAUUGUAACUUGUUAGGUCGUGAUCGGACGUAUCGGAAAGCAGAAAGCUUACUGGGUCGUCGGCUUACCGGUUUAAACGGAUCAAUUCGAGCAGUUCCGGACCGGAUAGAAAACCGCUUUACGCUGAUAUUUAGAUACGAUUUCUAUCUCCAUUGUUUGAAAAACGGUGAAAAGGGCGGAAACCCUAGCUUGUUUCUACCUCGAUCUAUAUCUGAAGAGCGAGGGACCCUUUUUUUUCAUAGUUCUAAUUGGUUUUCUGUGGAUAAACCUGCGAGGAAGGUAUAGACACCUUUGACACCAGAGGUCCGUAAUAGGGAGCAAGCAGCAGCUGUGGACUGUGUUGGUUGUGGUGGUGGUGGUUUUGCCAAGCACUUGUGGUUGGUGUGAUUAGGGAAAGAUUUGAAGAUGAGCCAGCGCAGCAGGAGCAGGAGUCCACGGGAUCGCAGGAUCCGCUCUGAACGAUUUUCCUACCGUGAUGCACCUUACAGGAGAGACUCACGUCGGGGGUUCAGCCAGGGCAAUCUGUGCAAAAAUUGCAAGCGACCAGGUCAUUAUGCAAGAGAAUGCCCCAAUGCUGCAAUCUGCAACAAUUGUGGUCUCCCCGGGCACAUUGCAUCAGAGUGCACCACCAAGUCCUUAUGUUGGAACUGUCGAGAGCCUGGCCAUAUGGCCAGCCACUGUCCAAAUGAGGGCAUUUGCCACACUUGCGGCAAAGCCGGUCAUCGUGCCAAAGAAUGUUCAGCUCCUGAGCUGCCACCUGGUGACCUGAGGCUGUGCAACAACUGCUAUAAGCAAGGUCAUACGGCUGCUGAUUGCACAAAUGAGAAGGCAUGCAAUAACUGCAGGAAGACAGGUCACCUAGCUCGAGACUGCCAGAAUGAACCUGUAUGCAACUUGUGUAAUAUCUCUGGGCAUGUUGCUAGGCAGUGCCCCAAGGCUGACAUUCUUGCAGAUAGGGGUAUUGGGGCUCGCAGUGUUGGUUACCGAGAUGUUGUAUGCAGGAACUGCCACCAGAUAGGUCACAUGAGCAGGGACUGUAUGGGUCCAUUGAUGAUCUGCCACAACUGUGGCGGCCGAGGACACAUGGCGUUUGAGUGCCCAUCUGGUAGGUUUUUGGACCGUGGACCUCGAAGGUACUGAUACGAGAAACCCGCUGUUAGCCUGCAACCUUGAUGGGCAGUAUCUUAUGUCUGGAUUAUCUGUGUUCUCUAAUAGCCAAUAGGCCAUCUUGAGCCAUUUUCCUUUGAAGUUCGUAACAUUUAUGUUUCGGUGGCUUUAGUCAACUGAUUUUCAAUUAAAUGAGAUCUAGUUCGUCUUCCUUUUUUUGUUUA